CUGCAACAGUGCUGUUGCGCAGAUCCUAUGCCAACAAUGUCAUUUCGCAUCAAGAUACCCAAACCAAGCUCGGUGGAUUCGUCUCAGGUCGUCGACCGCUCGGGGUCGUCCAAGCCUUCUAAACGUCGUGUAGAGUCGGACGACGAACGACGUUCGGAAGAUGACAUUGAAGACUACUCUGUGCCACCGAGGUGGAAGAGGCCAAAGACGGUGGAGAAUAGCCAGGCAAGCGCAGAAGCUACGGUCAAUUCGGACGAGGGAGAGUCAGAGAUCGAUGUGGAGGGCGACGAAGACGUCGACGUCGACAUCGACGACUGCGAGAAGGGGCCGCCUUCUCCUCAUGCAGUCAUAUCCCCUUCCACUUCUCCCUCUUCCUCGCCCCCUCCUCCAGUGAAGCCGCCGAAACGAACACCACAGCCGCCUGCCAAAGUCAAGGCAGUGCGACCGGCCACUUCGUCCUCCAGCAAGUCGAGUAGAAAGGUGAAGCGCACGGUGGUAUGGACGGACGACGAAGAUGAGGAGCAGGAUGAUCCGCUGGGUCUGCUCGCGGUGGACCCCGAUGAUGAUGAUUUCACUCCGGAGCCUGCGCCGCCCUCGCUGAAGAAGGCCGCUGUUACGACGAAAAGUAAGGGCAGCAAAGUUGGUCAAGCCGCCAAGGGAUCACGGGCGAAGCGCAAGGAAGAAGGCAAAGACGUCCAUAUCCGGGAUGAGCGCAAGCUCCCUCCCUCGGCUCUUCGUGGCACAUCCAGAGAAAAGUCUUCGGGCCCUCCUAUUGGCGCCAAACGAUCCCUACCCAAGGAAGAGGCCGUAGAGGUUACGUCCCCUGUCAUAACACCGUCUUCAUCUGCGCCGGCGGUGGAAAAGCGCGAUAAGUCUCCUCCGAAGGUGGAGGAAGCAACGCUGCCGAUGUUUAAGAAGCGGAAGCUGCCUACGAUCAAGAAGAACAAGCCCAGUGCUGUCCCUACGACGCCAGCAUAUUCAAAGCUUCCACCGUCGGUGGAAAGCAAGGAGUCCGAUGUCACCACCAAGCCCGCGAAUCCUAAUCCUCUUGGGCUGGCCGGUGGUGCUGCGAGCAAGCUAGCCGCUACCCUCGGCAAUGCCGACUUCGACCUCCGAGAUGCCAGUGUUUAUGCACAGCUAUUCACAAAGCCGGGGGGGUCCACGCCUAAUUCAGGCUUGAACCGCAAGGAAAAGGAAGAAGCGCGGAGAAGAGAGCUGAAUAAGAUGCGCGAGGAAGCUCGUUCCAAACGAGCUGAAGAGGCUAAACAUGCCUUCGAUUUACAAUCCGCGCACGACAAGAUCUUGUGUUUCGAGGAAAAGCUGCGCAGUCGUAAAUCCAUCUCGGUCUAUCCAAACGUACUUGGUGCAUACUUUAAGGAGAAAGCGGAUAAUGUGCGUAUGCGUUGAGGCGGACUCUGGUCAAUCUAUAAGUUGUCUCCUACUUUAUGUUGGAUCGGAUUCAGGCGUUAUUUGUGAGUGAAAAGCUCCAGCAGUCUCAGUGCAUUGACCCAUCCACAUGUGCGGUAGACGUAGAAGGGCGUGCAUCAUCAUUUUGCAAUCGUGACCUCAAGGGCUAGUGCAUUGCCUAUACAGCAUUUGCG